AUGACGAUGAUGAUGACUGGCCGUGUGCUGCUGGUGUGUGCCCUCUGCGUGCUGUGCUGCGGUGCUGCAAUGGUGAUGGCGGAGGCCAAUGUCGAUAAAGGUACCGAAAUGAAAAAAGAUGAAUCAUUUGACAGUUCAGAGCUUAUUUCUGGUAUUGUUGGCGCUGAACAACAUGUAACGCAGGAUUCAGUCAGGGAAGGUUCCGAAAACGGUAAUCAGUCUUUGGGUGCACAAACGGGAAAUGGCAUCAACCAGGAUAAUGGUGUGAUCAUAGCAUCACCAGCAAGCACAGUGAGAGGGGAAGAAGAAGAAGAAGAAGAAGAAGAAGAAGAAGAAGAAGAAGAAGAAGAAGAAGAAGAAGAAGAAGAAGGGGAAAGUGUUGAUGCAGAAGGGGAAACCGAAGAAAUUGAGGAACUCAAAGGUCCAAUUGAAGGCGAAGAAACAUCCCAAUUAACAUUGCCGCAAGAAGGAGUACUACUACCAUCAGAACCAUUAAAAACGACACUGAAUGGAAACCCAGCAGGAACUUUAAAUGCAACACCAGCGAAAGGACAGCCCCGCUCUGAUGAUGGCUCCGCCCAGGAAGAAGGACUCAAAUUACCAACACUACAAGCACCUGCAGCACCUGCAGCACCUGCAGCAGCGGCAGCAGCGGCAGAAGCAACAACAACACAAACAAAAGAUGAAAACCCCUCCUCUGCAGAUGACCCUUCAGUGCAACAUGUAGAAGCAUCUCAACACGACAUGGAGUUAAGAAGUGCCUUACGAAAAGAAGGAACCAUCCCCACCACAGUCACCAAAACAGACGGACCAACAGAAGUUAACGCCGAAUCAACUCCAACAUCACCCUCAGCUUCCAAAGGUGCCAUUACAAAUGACGCUGACGAAGGAAAUGAAGAAGGCAUUCAAAAACACGAUCAAGCACCUGAUGGUGAAGCGACGAAAGAAGCACAACAAGGUGAAAAUAAAGAAGAAAAUACAAAUAAAACAGCAACUCUUGAAGCCGCAGCUAUAACAAAUGAUACUGCGACUCAUGGCGACAGUGACGGCAGCACCGCUGUCUCCUGCACCACCUUCCCUCUUUUGCUGCUUCUUCUUGUUGUUGCGUGUGCGGCUGCUGCUGCGGUGGUGGCCGCGUGA